GGGGCCGGGGUGCCGAUCGAUCCGCUCGCGCGCGCCGUGACUCGAGGGCCAUGCCGCCGCGAGAAAAGCCAGAAGACGCUCGGCCAAGAACGCGUUGCAACUCGUCCGGUCUCGGAAGACAAAGAAUCUGGACGCAGAUGUGAGCCACGCUGCCAUCGACGGCUGGACCACAAUGGGGCGAUGGCCCAUUUCGAUAUAAACAGAGACAACAUAAACAAUCUACACCCUGAUCUUCAAAAUCUAUAAUUCCACCCGUAAUAUCGUUGAGCACGGUUCAUUGACCAUCUGAUUGAUUCGUCACCUUCCUGCUUUUUUAGGGGUGCGGGCCAUGAGUGUCGGCGGAAGACGCGCUGCAGGAGCAUGGAAAAGUACGAAACUCUCGGCGUAGUCGGCGAAGGCUCGUACGGCCUCGUGCUGAAAUGUAGGCACCGGGAAAGCGGCCAGCUGGUGGCCAUCAAGCGCUUCCUCGAAACCGAAGACGACUUGGCUGUCAGGAAAAUGGCCCUCCGCGAAAUCAGGAUGCUCAAGAAAUUGAGACACGAAAACUUGGUCAGCAUGCUGGAGGUGUUCCGGAGAAAAAGACGGUUUUAUUUAGUCUUUGAAUUCAUGGACCACACCCUGCUGGAGGAGCUGGAGGAACGCUCCUCCACGUCGUCUCCGGGACUGGGAGAGGCCACCGUCCGGAGACACGCGUUCCAGAUCCUGCGAGGCCUCGACUUCUGCCACUCCAGCAGCAUCAUCCAUCGGGACGUGAAGCCGGAAAACGUGCUGGUGUCCAAGCUGGGCGUGGUGAAGCUGUGCGACUUCGGGUUCGCCCGAAUGGUGGCCGCUCCUGGCGAGACGUACACCGACUACGUGGCGACCAGAUGGUACCGGGCACCGGAGCUGCUCGUCGGCGACGCAAACUACGGCAAAGAGGUCGACGUGUGGGCGGUCGGCUGCCUGAUGGCGGAAAUGAUGACUGGCAAUCCGCUUUUCGCGGGCGACUCGGACAUAGACCAAUUAUUUUUAAUAACCAAAGCUUUAGGCAAACUGUCCAACAAACACCAGCACCUGAUUUCUAGAAACCCCAUGUUCAAAGGCAUGCGAGUCGGCUCCGCGGUCACGCCGGCUAACCUGUACGAGAUGUUUCCCACGUGGCCGCGGCUUUCGCUCGACUUCACCUCUGCCUGCCUCCGCUUGGACCCGAACAGCAGGCCGCCCACCGGCGAGCUGCUGCAGCACACCUAUUUCACCCACGACGGAUUUCCCGGCGCCUUUCUGCCAGAACUGAAGGCGAGAAUGCAGCAGGAAUGCCAAAACAAUCCGCUCUUGUCGCGUCGCUUCAGCAACACUGCCAACUCGGCGAGAAGCCGAGGGGAGGCGCCGCAACCCCCUCAGAGCGCCAGUGAUCUCGAUUCCCUGCUGCCCACGACCCUCAUGUCCAGCCGACUGUCCGAAAACAACCGGCUUGGCAGCGGGCCGCGCAGGAAGCUACAAGAGCCCGCCGCCGAGAAGAGGGACAACCUUCGAUCCAGGCGCGGCACCAGGGAGGAGGACAUCAUGAAGGUCGGCUCUCCACCGAGGACCUCUUCUCGCCUGCAGAGGACCCUGCAGCAGGAGUUGGCCGAGAUUGUGCCCGCGUCGCCGGCAGGACACGACAAUCACGCUUCCGGCAGCCACCUCUACGUUUUGCACCCGUCAAUCAAUAAUCUCAGCUUUGGCAACAUCAACGCUAGGUUCACAGACACGUCGUUCAACAAACGCUCACCGCUUGGCAACUCGACGCCGGGCUCGAACUCGAACAGCAGACACAAGGCCCCGCCUCUGAUGCCCGCCGCGGCUAACAAGUCGCAUUCGAAACGCAUCGGCAGCAUUUUGGGCGACAGCAUGGACAGGCCCCUGGAGUCGCCGCCUCCGUCCACCCUCACGUGGGGGCGGCGACUCGCGCCUUUGAGACACCGAAGUCUCCUGCCCGCAGCAGACGACUUUUCUCUUCCAAAUCUCCCCGGUGCUGUCGGCAGUCCGAAUAAAAUGCUGAAGAAACGGGAAAAGCUGGGGAAUCUGGUGAACAUUGAAAAUUACGUACCUUCUAAUACGGAAAAAGCGAGCAGCAAAUCGAAUUUGACACUGACUGACAAGGACAUGAGCUAGCUGUUCAUCUUCGGCUCCAGGAAGUCUUGGGGUCACAAAUGAUGGCAGCACACACACACACUAAAUGGAUUACGCGUCAUUUUACAUAAUUUAUUACUCGAUGAGUAUACCAGAAUAAAUUACAGUAAAUGUGUUUGAUAGUCGAGAAAGGGACGCCAGACACGACACGUCUCUUUUCCUGUGCCUUUUCUCAAUAUUCUUGUCUUAAUUCACAAAUUGAUUGAUAUUGCCGAAAUGCAGAGAGUGGACACACGCGUGCUACCUAUAUAUAUAUAUGUUCAACUGUCCUUGGAGAGUAAAAUAAAAUUUGAAAUUAUUUUGAACCACAA